UAUUAUUACAUUGUUAAUUUUUUUUACGAUUACUGCUAUUACUGUUUGUACCUCUUAUUUUUAUUAUUACUAUUAUUAUUAUAAUUUAAAACUCUCAUUUUUACACACCGUAAACCAUGAUCUCCGUAUUAUUAUUAACGCCCUGUGUUCGCCUCGUCCUCACCGUUUUAGCAGUAUGCAUAAGUAUCGCAGUCCAACUGCCUCUGUCAUCCUGUCAGUCGCCUUCGGUUUCGUAUCACCAUGAUUCUGUUUAUAUUCAACCUCAGAAUGCUCCAUAUGGAUCUUAUGUUGUUGAAGAUAUUUCUCAGCAUUCAAAUAAAGAACAAGUAUCUCAUGAUCGAUCAAAUCCUCCUCAAAAUGAGGCUAAAGAUCCUGAUAUGAUACUCAUAAACAUCAACACAGGUCCUCAUCCACCUGGACUUGAUGAACUUCAACCGGAUACAGCUAUUGGCCCAGAUGAAAUGUAUUAUUUUGCUCCUAAAAAUCCACAGAAUAAUAAAAGUUCAAUUGUGGGUCAGCGCUUAGAUGUAACAAUUUUUGAAGAUUUCCUUAACACUGCACCGGAAAAACAUAGAAAUCGUUUAGACUUUUACAAGGUUCCUUAUUUAAAUAAUCUCGUGUUACCACUGAGAGCAACAUUUUCAGCAGCGAUCUCAAUAUUUAACCCAUACUCAGAAGUUUUACAAGUUGUAAAAGUAUUUGGUGGCGGACCUGGAUUUCACUUAAGUCUACCAUCUGGCCAAAUGGAAGACCAAAGAAAUGUUUGGGAUAUCAUGCCAUACCAAACAAAACCAUUGAUUAGAUUUACAUUUGCAGAACGGUCUAAGAAAAACCACUCCACAAAAAUAGGGCUGUUUUUGAGUAAUCACGAAUACAUAAAUGUACCUAUAAACAUUGUGAUGGUAUCAAAGCCAGGUCUUUAUAGUUCUGAACACAUCAUCGAUUUUGGUGUUGCCAGUAGAAAUGGUUUAGUUACAUCAAAAGCACUAAACUUGUGUAACUCAGCAAAAUCUAGUAUUAUUGUUCAGAAUGUAACAUCUGAUUCUCACUUUGUGACUGUGGAUUUUCCUCAUGAAGUAGAAGUACCUCCACAGUCAUGUACAGCAGGCCAAGUUGCUCAUAUUAGUUAUCACUGGGAUUAUGUUGGUUAUUCAUAUGGUGAAACUCAUUAUGGACAGUUAACUGUGAAGAGUAACAAAGGUAAUGAGUUAAAUAUACCAUACCAUGGAAGAACACUGGAAGGUGAUUUGGUGUAUGAAGAACAAUCAUUGCAUUUUGUGAUGUCAAAAGCAAUUCGUUCAACGAGUAUUAUUAAAACUUUCUCAUUGCUGAAUAAUUUUUCAUCCACUCCAGUUGCUAUUUCUCAAAUAGGGAUUCCAAAAAAUGCCACACAGUAUUUUAAGAUAAGAGAUUUUAACCCUGUAGUUUUAAAACCAGGUCAAAAUAAAACAUUAUUUCGUGUUGGAUAUGUUAACCCAAAUAAUUCCAAAAUGGAUAUUAUAUCAUACUUAGAAUUUAAAACCAAUGCUUCAGAUUUUACAAUUCCAUUAAUGGUGUAUGAUGGACAACUCUCACAGGUUUUACCAGCUACCAAUAUCAUCACGUUACCACCAAUAAGAAUUAGUUCACCCCGUCAUACUUAUAUUGUAGUUGCUAACGAAAAUCCUGUUGCUAUAAUGGUUAAAGAUUGGGGUACAACAUACACUCCACACGUCUCAUUAAACUUAGUGGAAAUAGGAAAAUUUAACUCUUCGAUGCGUCGCAAUAGUGCAGACAGUUGGUCUCGGCCAAUGAUACGUGAUGAUCAAAUACCAGCUCCUGUGGCUUUACCAGUUAAACACUACGCUAUAUUCCAAUUGUUGGUGUCUACACCAAAUCCUGAUCAAAAUUUAACCGUUAAAAUAUGGAUUCAAACUCAACAUCAGCAUUACAGUAUACCAUUGAAAGUAUCUGUGUUUGAUAAGAAUUUACAAGUAAUAGCUGAACCAUUAGCAUUUGAAAACUGUCACCCAGGCGCUGUAUGCACUGCUGAAGUAAAUGUUAUGUCUUGGUUGGACAGAACAUUAGCACUAACGUCUGUGACGAGUGAAUUUGUUAGUGAAAAUGUCCGAUUUGUUCCCACAAGACCAUCUCUUAUUCAGCCUCAAAUGGUAUCCUUAGUUGGACAUAUAGAAUGGAUUCCUGCCCAUCAUAAAAACUCUUCGGGUUGGAUAGGUUUGUUCAGUAAAGCUGAAAGAGCAAUGUGGUUGUCAAGUUUUCAUUUAACAAAUUCUUCUGAGACAAGCUAUAUGGAUUUUUCUUGGUUUUAUCGUCGAAUGGGGAAAUAUUAUGCCGAAGAAGACAAUCGCACUCUAAGACAUCAGUUUACAUUAGAGACUGGUGGUGCUGAAACUUGUCAGUUUAGUGUGCAUCUUCAUUUAAAAUGGCCAAAGUUUAUACAAGAACCUGGUGAAAAUCGACAGCAAACUACAUUCGAAUUGCCAACCAUGGAGGUGAAAGGAAAACCGUAUUAUCAAAAGAUCCUGGUGAAAAAUACAUUUCAUACACAAAAUAUAACGUUGCAUUUGGCUAUGUAUCCCCAUCCAUACUGGUGUAAUAUCACAGAGUUCAUAGAUCUAUUUGAACACGAGGUUAAUUCUUUGUUAAUAUCAAGAGAUGAUUGGGAAUUAGUAUUGAAUAAUUCUAGUCCUUAUCGAAGGAAAGUGUUAAAUGUCAAGAACUCUGUCUACGUUCCUCAUAAGAAAACCAUGAUAUUCGUUUUGCCCCCCCAAAAGGAACUUGAAGUGUUAGUAAGAUUUCAGCCAAAAAAACCGGGUGUCAGUACAUCAAUACUCUUUAUCAGAAAUGACGUAUCUAUUCUAGAAAGUAUAUUACUAAAAGGAAUGGGAGCCUAUCCUGUAUUAUCAUUUGGUUCUAAAAGAAAACUGCCUCCAUUAAUUUUUGAUUUAGAAUCUAGUCCUAUGAUUGAUCUUAUGUGUAGUAAAAAUAAAACUUUAUUGCCGUCGGAGACCAGAAUAUUUUUAAUAAAGAAUCCUGGCAAACAUACAGUUAGGAUUACAUCUAUGACUAUAAACAGUGUACUUUGCAGUGGCUAUGGCUUUAGAAUUUUAGAUUGCAGAAAAUUUUCUCUCUUACCUAAUCAAUCCAGAGAGGUAUCAGUUGAGUUUACUGCUGAUUUCACGUUAAGAUCUGUUAUUCGUCAGUUAGAAAUAAAUACUGAAGAAACAAUUGGAUCAGAAACCACCAGUCGUAUUUUCAUCUAUCAGCUGUGGGGUAUUGUACCUCCAGAAUGGGAAUUAUGCCAAGAAAAAUAUACAUGGCAAGAGUUCCGUCGAGGUGAUAGUUGGAUUCGACCAGAGUGGGAGUCUUCAAUAGGUCAAAUUAUGCUCUUGGCUGCUGGAAUACUCAUGGUAGUUGCUUGGAUUGUAUCAAUUGCUGCUGUACAUACCAUUGAUAAGGAUUUUUUAUCAAAAAACCUUGGUCCUCCUUGUGUUGGAGCUCAUGGAAAACGAUCAUUUCAGUCUGUUCUAGCACAAUCAGGAAAUGCUAAGAAAAGUGAAUUCAAGAAUUCCAAGCAUAAAGAAGGCAAUGAUGAAAAGCGUAAUGAGGUUAUACCCGAUCCUACGUCUUUGGGUAUAUCACAGAGUGAAAACAGUUAUGUUAAGCCUUCAGACUCUACACCCAUUUGGAGUUUUAUGCUGCGCAAUACAGAACCAGAACCAGAACAAAAAUCUGAAAAAGAUCGUAGUAGAUCUCAUUUACUUGAUAAUCAUCCGAAAGAAAAAACAAAGAGACGUUAUUUAAGCCAAACAGUGAUCUCAGAAACUGAUUCUAGUCAAAAGUACAAUGUGUCUUCAUGGCAAAUUGCAAGAAAUAGAUCUCCUGGGCUUGUAAUAGAUUCUCAACUAAACAAGAAUUCUAAAGCUGAAGAGGGAAAGUUUGAAAUGGAAAAUCGUAGACGUGCUGAAAAAUUAUUAAAAAAACAGUAUGGAUUAAAACCAGUUGACAGUUGGAGAAAGCACAAGAAAGCCCUUAAUGCAGCCAAAUAUUAUGAGGAACUUCCAGUGACAGAGAAAAUUAGUCCAAGUCCAGAACCAAAAGUCCCAGUAGAAACUAAACCAGAUCUUAAAAUUGUAAAAACUGUGAAAAGCAAUAAAAAAGUUUCUACUAUAAGUCUUCCAGUAAUAAAGCCGAUUAAUAGCCCAGAAUCUCAAAUAGCAGUGUUGAAUUCCCCAUCACUUGAAGUCGUUAAGAAGCCUAUUGCUUCUGUUGCACCAUACCAAAUUGUUCUUCCUAAACAGCCAAUUGUGACAAUCGUACAGCCAGAACGUUUAAUCGAAAAGUUUAAUACUUCAAAAUCCAAACCAAUACAAGGCGUUCAGAAUAAAAUUGAUAAAGAACCAGCAACAAUGCGGUCAGCAAUAUCGAAGAAAUCAAUUAUUGAUGAUGAUGGACUUUUGGCAGAAUAUAAGUGUAUGAAGAAGAAAAAUAAGACGGAGAGAAAGGCUUCAUUACCUCCUCCUACUCCACCAGUAGCAUCACCAGUUUCACCAUUGAUAGCACCACCUAUAGUUGUUAAACCAAAGGUUCAAUGUACGGAAAGAUUAAAUAUGCCAGAUAUAGUGAAACCAAAAGUUCAAACGGUCGAAAGAUUUAUUUCAUCAGAAGUUACAAAACCAAAAGUUCAAACUGUAGAAAGAUUCAACGGGACAGAAGUAAAACCAAAUGUUCAGGCUAUGGAAAAAUUCAAUUUACCAGAGAUUAUGAAAUCAAAGGUACAAUCAUCAGAAAAGUUCAGUUCGCCAGAAGUUAUAAAACCAAAAGUUCAAACUGUGGAAACUUGCAAUUCAUUAGAAGUAACCAAACCAAAGGGUCAAAGUGUUGAAAACUUAAAUCCAUCAGAAGUGAUAAGACCAAAAAUUCAAUCUGCAGAGAGGUGCACUUCGCCAGAAGCCACUAAAAUAAAGGUACAAACUGCAGAAAUGUUUAAUUCACCAGAAUCAAUGAAACCAAAAGUUCAGACCAUGGAAAAAUUCACACCUUCAGAAUUGAUAAAACCAAAAGUUCAAACAUUGGAAAGAUGUAAUUCUCCAGAAGUAAUGAAACAUAAUGUGAAUGAAGGUAUUGUGCCCGCCAUUACAGACAAAGAAAAAAAAGAUUUUGUACCACUCUAUAAGCCCCAGACAGAUCAACAGCUAGAGGUCAAAAGAAAAAUUACUGUAUUGAAAAGAGGCUCUGAUGAAAAACAUGUUGAUCUUUCACCAACAAUAACUAAUAAGCAUGUUUUCAUUUUAGGACCUGUGGGUUCAGGAAGAGAUCGUAAAAAUGAGGAAAAAGUAACCAAGUCAGAUUCCGAUUUAGUUUUACUCGAAACUUUAAAAAAAGAGUCAGAAUCAAAUCUUUCAAUAAUUGAUACUAUGGCGGCUACAAGUACAUCAAACUACGACAGUUCUACUGACAUCAUACCAUUUUCAAGCAAUGACCCUGGAUACAAUUUAUGGACUUCGUAUAUUUGGGGGCCAGUGUAUGGGCAAUCUACAAAUAAUUCUAGUCUACAGAAAUAAUCUCAUACAUAUACUGAAGGCUACUGCCCAUGUAGUUAUGCAAGUCCUUUUUGAAGACCUUAAAAUGUAGACUUUCUUUUGGACAAUUGUAAGUUUCUUUUGUUUAUAGGCAAUAAUGGACUUGUUUUUGAUAGACAUAUUAUGUUUGUGAACAUUUUUGAUCUUUCGAGUCUAACUAAUGAGCACGAUUUUUUAGGUAUCUCGAUGUUUUGUUUCUUCUUUGUUGUUGAUUUUCCCCCUUCUUUUAAUAUCUGUCUUAAUUCAGUAAAAUAAAGACACAAGACAUUUUGAAAAUA